CAUAAUGAUUGAACCCUUUCUUCUUAAGGAUAGAAAUGAAAUUUUAUGAAUUAUCAAUUACAUUAACAGAAAUAUUACGUCCGAUACAAAUUUGUAAUCAGAUUCCAUUGAGAAAAGCACCAAAAGCUAAACCGAAACCGAAACCGAAACAACAAGAAACUGUUGGAGUAACAAGAUAUUAUCCAUAUAUUCCACCAAAUCUAAUAGUAGAUACAGUAAACUCAUUAAAAGAUAAAGAAAGCCUAUCAGAGAUUCUAGAUCUCAUUUUUAGCCCAUUUUCACCGGCAGAUACACUAGAAGAUCGCAAAUUAUAUCAAAAAACAUAUAAUAUAUAUCAAUUAUAUAAGAAGAAACUCAUAGAAAAGUAUAAAGAAAGGGAAUCAUACAUAAAAUCACAAAUGUUCGAUGCAAUAGAAAAUUUACCGGAAAAUUUAUACGACGAAGCAGUUCAAUCAGAAACAGAGCCGAUCCCAGAGGAAUUAACAUUGCAAAAGGCAUAUAGAGAACAACUAAUCAAUAAACACUUGUCAGAUUACGAAAUAGAAAAACUUGACGCAUUUCGAAUGUUAAUGUAUCUAAGAUUUCCACACACCGAGACUAAGCUGAAGAACCCAGGACUAUUUUGGCUUGAAGAAAAGAAAAUGAUAUCUAGACAGAAGCAAGCAUCAUUGUUAUCAAGAAAAUCUAAAUCCAAACAAUAA